GCCCGGCUAGGCGAGCGGCGCGGUCGCCCCCAGCAGCGGCCCCAUGGCAGCCCCCGGCACCCCGGCCGAGUGCGGCUACAUCCGCACGGUCCUGGGCCAGCAGAUCCUGGGACAACUGGACAGCUCCAGCCUGGCCCUGCCCUCCGAGGCCAAGCUGAAACUGGCGGGCAGCAGCGGCCGCGGCGGCCAGGCGGCCAAGAGCCUGCGGAUCCAGGAACAGGUGCAGCAGACCCUGGCACGGAAGGGCCGGAGCUUCGUGGCCAACGGAAAUCUACACCGAACCAGCAGUGUUCCUGAGUAUGUCUACAACCUACACUUGGUGGAAAAUGAUUUUGUCGGAGGGCGGUCCCCUGUUACUAAGACCUAUGACGUGCUCAAGGCCGGCAAUACCGCCACCUUCGAGGGCCGCUGGAGGAGAGGGGCGGCGCAGUACAGCUCGCAGAAGUCGGUGGAAGAGCGGGCGCUGAGGCAGCCCCUGCGGCGCCUCGAGGUGUCGCCCGACAGCAGCCCCGAGCGCCUGCUCUACGCGCCCAGCGAGCCCCAGCCCGGCGCGCGCGGCCGGCCGGGCCCGGCCCCGUGGCCCCCCGAGGGCGCGCGGCCCACGCCGCAGGGGCCGCCCCGCUACGCGCGCUCCGAGAUCGUGGGCCUGAGCCAGGCGGGAGGCCGGCGGCGCCACUACGACACCUACCACAGGCAGUACCAGUACGCGACGGCGCUCGACGGCGGCGCGGCCGUCAGCCCUGCCGUGCUCACCUACCCGCGGCCCGCCACCAGUCACAGCAUGGGCAACCUCCUGGAGAAGGAGAACUACCUGAGCUGGGCGCCGCGGCCGCUGCAGCUCGUGACGCAGAACAGGGGCGCCAGGGCCUCCUGGCACCAGAGCUCCUUCCACAGCGCGCGCUCGCAGCGGGAGGCCGGGCCCAGCGCCACGCUGGACGGCGGCGUUCGCAGGACGCACCUGACGGCUGCCCAGGCGGCGGCCGGCACCUACAGCGACGGACAGCUCGGGAAUGCGGAUCUGGAGAUGACCCUGGAGCGAGCCGUGAGCAUGCUGGAUGCAGACCACACGCCGCUGCCCAGGAUCCCUGCCGCCGCCACGUUCAUCCAGCACGAGUGCUUCCAGAAGUCCGAAGCACGGAAAAGGGUUAAUCAGCUUCGCGGUAUCCCCAAGCUGCUGCAGCUGCUCAAAGUUCAGAAUGAGGACCUGCAGCGAGCCGUGUGCGGCGCCUUGAGAAAUCUGGUGUUUGAAGACAACGACAACAAGUUGGAGGUAGCAGAACUCAACGGGGUGCCUCGGCUGCUGCAGGUGCUGAAGCAAACCCGAGACCUGGAGACCAAGAAGCAGAUCACAGGUUUGCUGUGGAAUUUGUCCUCUAACGACAAACUCAAGAAUCUCAUGAUAACAGAAGCCUUGCUCAUCCUGACUGAAAAUAUCAUCAUCCCGUUUUCUGGGUGGCCGGAAGGAGACUACCCCAAGGCAAAUGGUUUACUUGACUUUGAUAUAUUCUACAAUGCCACAGGAUGCCUCAGAAACAUGAGCUCAGCUGGCUCUGAUGGGAGGAAAGUGAUGAGAAAGUGUGAUGGGCUCAUCGACUCCCUGGUCCACUAUGUCAGAGGAACCAUUGCGGAUUACCAGCCAGAUGACAAGGCCACAGAGAACUGCGUGUGCAUUCUUCAUAACCUCUCCUACCAGCUGGAGGCAGAGCUUCCAGAGAGAUACUCCCAGAACGUCUAUAUUCAAAACCGAAAUAUCCAGACUGACAACAACAGGAGUGUUGGGUGUUUUGGCAGCCGAAGCAGGAAAGUAAAAGAGCACUACCAGGACAUGCCGAUGCCAGAGGAGAAGAGCAACCCCAAGGGUGUGGAGUGGCUGUGGCACUCCAUCGUGAUUAGGAUGUAUCUGUCCUUGAUUGCCAAGAGUGUCCGAAACUUCACGCAGGAAGCCUCUCUGGGAGCUCUCCAGAACCUCACAGCAGGAAGUGGACCAAUGCCAACGUCAGUAGCUCAGACGGUGGUCCAGAAGGAAAACGGCCUCCAGCACACUCGCAAGAUGCUGCACGUUGGCGACCCAAGUGUCAGAAAGACUGCGGUCUCACUGCUGAGAAACCUGUCUCGGAUUCCUUCUCUGCAGAAUGAGAUUGCCAAAGAAACCCUGCCGGAUUUGGUUUCCAUAAUUCCUGACACGGUCCCCAGUACUGAGCUGCUCACUGAGACUACAGCCUCUGCCUGUUACACGCUGAACAAUAUUGUCCAGAACAGCUACCAGAACGCACGAGACCUGCUGAACACGGGGGGCCUGCAGAAGGUUAUGGCCAUCAGCGCGGGCGACGCCUACGCCCCCAACAAGGCAAGCAAAGCUGCCAGUGUCCUGCUGUAUUCCCUGUGGGCACACACUGAGCUCCACAAUGCCUACAAAAAGGCUCAAUUCAAGAAGACAGAUUUUGUCAACAGCCGGACUGCCAAAGCCUACCACUCUCUGAAGGACUGAGGGACGGGAGAAGGGCUCUCCGAAACCCCCACCUCCCCAUUCUCAGCUACAAGAAAGCCCCGAAGGAAAACACCUAUUUUUCUACUGCCCGAUCCAAGAAAGCCUGGGCAGCAUGCCUUGUUUCUAACCUUUUCUAUGCCCAUGUUCUCCAGAAUCCAGAAAAUAAAUAAUGAGAACACUGUUUUUCAGUCUUCUGGAAGAUUCUUGCAAGUUUGCCGCCAGUGGAUCCUGGCAGCAGGCAGUGUUUCCCUCUGCACAUGCUAGCCCAUUAGCGAGCCUGGGGUGCACGGCCCCCAGAACCAAGCUGCGAGUGCCUGGAGAAUAGACGCUGACACUACUGCUCAGGAAGACGCUUUCUGUAGCUAGGGUUCCGCAAGUCUGAUGGACGCUUGUGUUCUUUUGCGGGUUUCCUUGCUUUCACACAUGCGCGUUGCUUUUCCACUGAGCCCACAGUGUUUUGUUCUGCAGUGAAACAGAAGGGAAACGCCAAGAAAUGUACCGAGUUCUCCAGGAGACAGUAUAACAGCAAAAUUGUUGGUUUCUUGUGUUGAUCCCUUUGGGGUUUUCCCUGAUUUCAAUUGAAAACCUUAGGAACUUAGGCUUCAGAGCAUGAAUGAUUGUGGGAAGACACAGUUGAAAGAAAAUGCUUAUAGCAGAUUUAAGAAUUUUUUUUUUUUCCCACAGAGAAAAGCAACUAUGGCUAUAAAUGCGAUGUUGUCCCUAAGCAAUGAAUAAAUGAUACUUCUGUUCAGGGAAAUUAAUGCAAAUAUCUUCCAUUCAGUGUAACCUAUUGCCUAGGCUGUUUCAGGCCAGGAAAAACUGGACUGUACUCUUUAGCCCCAGAAAGAACCAAACCCUUGGGUCAGACUGAUGGGCCGGCCCAGGAAACAGAAAACUCAACUUAGUGACAGCCUCAACCAGCCCACACUGCGCGACAUUUUACAAGGUACUACGCAGAGCCUGUGUCUCGUGUGUCUCAAGCCAUUGCUUCAAGUGGAGGCAUCUCUAGAGUCUCUGGGAAGAGCAGAGGUAAAGUCAUGACUGAGAAGAAGGAGGAGACCACAAGGCCGUCUGCAACUGGGAGAGACCACGGUCCAGCCAGGUGGAUCUGUGUCCAGUGUUAGUUUGGCUGGGCUGUGAUGAAAGCUGUUCACAUAGAGACAGUCUCACUUCGAUUGUGUUGUUUUGCUUUCUAAAACAAAGACAUUUGUCCUAAGGAAAUAAGAAAAUCCUUCAGCCAUUUGACCAGAAAAGUAUAAUAAAAAGUAAAUUGCCAUUUCCCAAGUAAA